AGGUAACUGUGCUGUUACUCGCAAUACAUUGCUGCGGACAUACCUGUUAGGAUGAAGAUCGUUCUUGCUGCUUGUUUAGCCUUUGCGGUCGUUUGGGGACAAGGACGGAGCGAAAAAGCAGAUGAACUUGAAAAAGCUGAACUACUUGAUGCAGCGAAUAGAGCGCAACAGUAUCCCAAGCCAAAAGUAAGGAGUUCAGAACAAGACUUCUGUGACGUCAUCUGCGAGGAAGCAGACGAACAAGAGAUGGAGGCUUGUGUCCUAUGGUGUGAGCUUGAGCUUGAUCACGCGGUUAAACAGAGAGAAAGCAGUGGAAAUUACAAAAGAGGGUUUAGAAUCCGUUGGCCAGCCCCCAGAAUUCGUGUACCAGCUCCCGAUAUCAGGUUUAGAAAGUAAACAAACCGGCGAGAAAACAACAAACCAGCAUGCACAGCUACCUAUAUAACUCUUAUGAUAGUAAAACAUAUGUAAAAGCUUUUGUAAACUGUUCACUUUGAAUGGGAGAAAAUAAAUGAUGACAAUUCUUUUUCCAACGCCAACUUAUUCUCAUUUUUUCACUAGAGCAAAAAUAAAAAAUAAAAAUAUGUUUUAAUGUAUGUUGUAUUAUGUUUCAAUCUG